AAUUUUCUGCACAUUUAUAGAAAUCCCAUUACGUUCUCCGUAUUAAGUAUCCAAACAUGCUGAAUAGGGAAAGCUUCAUGCUAGAAUAAAAGGACUUCCGCAGAAGAGUUCACAGUAAAAUGAGAAGAGCUUGAAAUCAUUUGUACUGCUAAAUGUAGUAUUGUUGUCAUGGACAAUUCAGAAGCGCACGGUGAAGGAAAGCGAUUCAAGCGGAGUCUUUCUGUGGACAAGGUCUCCAUUGAGGACCCACAGUCCAUGCUGCAAGCAUCGACAUCCGCCGUAUCGGAAGCGCAGCUGAACCAAGCAGAAAUACAGAGCCUGCUGUGUGGACGUUUUAACGAGGAUUUCCAGCCGACCCAGAAGGCGUUUCCACCCGGUUUCCGCAAAGUGACCAGUCCAUGCGAUCUCGAGGGUUUCCUCAGUGCUGCCCCGACAUUUCGCCCCAUUUUGCCGGCACAUAUGUACGGCAGCGAGUACGCCCAUGUCAGUAGUUCCCGCGAUGGGAUGCUGCAGAAGGCCGGUGGCGCGGUGUGUGCGGCAUACGAAAUCGCCUACGGAGACCAGAUUGCGGUGUACUCGGCGUUCAUGACGUCAGCCCUUAAAGCUCAGCAGAUACCGUACCAACCGCAGACCUCGCUACAGCAAGCACUGCUGCGAAUGCUGGAAAAACGCCAAGAUGACAAAGCCCGUUUGGCGCAGUUUGUCGCCAUGCUGCCCGGGUUCGAGAGGAUUAACCCGGCUGAUCGCAGUAUUUUGCUGGCGGAGAAAACGUUUAUCAGUACUUUGUUGCAUCACAUGCGGUUCUUUUACAAGGGCGAAUAUUACUGCAUGUUACCGGGUCUCGAGCAGAUCCACUCUAGCAGUUACUGGAUGGAUAUUAUGGGUGUCGACCCGGAAUUUUGCCGGUUCUGCAACAAAUUCAGCGCUGUAUUCAGCGCCAUCGGGCUGACGCUGACGGAAUCAUAUCUGCUGCUGGCCGUAGCGUUUUUUGAUCCUAACACCACUACUGCGUCGGAUAAACAGGCACUUGGGCAGCUGCAUGCGUUUUACGCGGAUGCGCUGACGUACAUGAUCGGUUAUCGUUGCCGGAACCCGGCGGAACGUUCCGCAGUGUACCACAACCUGAACGAAGCGACCAAAAUGUUCCCCACGGCGCACCAGAUUGCUCUUGCGUGGUACCAAAAUGUCGACCGGAUGGUGCCACCGUUUCCAGCAAACCUGAGGACGCUGCUUCAGGACUGCUUGAAACGCUAACCAUUUCUACUCACUACAAGCCGCAUGUAUGAAUGGUGGUGUGUUUGUAACUUAACGAAAUGUUUAGAAAUGUAUGGGCCUUUGAAUUUUGUUGCUUAUUUUGUCUUGCCUUUUUUGGUAGCACGUUAGUUUACAGAUCUGCAAUUCGCUGACCGACAAGUUGUUGCCCGACAAUUCGCUUUUCUGCUAAA